CCAGUGUCCAUUUCCAAGUGGGUGGGUGCUAUUUUUAAGGGGUUGAUCUGGCUGGCGUCCUGCUGCUCGAUUGCGGCAGCUUCAAAACGCUUUCGCUCCGUGAAGCCCGGUACGAGGGCGAAGGAAACAGACGGAGGGGGAAGCGGAGGAGAGCAGCAGGGCUAUCGCUACCCACCCUGCCCCCGAACUGACAAUUUCAAUAGGGACAAAAAAAAGGCGGAAGUAUUUGCAAGAAGAUCGAUAGGAGGGGAACCCGUGUCCUGAUACCUGGCAGACACAUCCCGGGGAGAAUGGAUUCACUCAGUUUUAUCCUGUUGUCCUGCGUUAUUCCACUUUACCUGUGUGAUAACCCCAGCAACUGUGACAAUGAGACCCAGUAUUUCAAGGCUGACAAGUGUUGUUUCAAAUGUGGCCCUGGUUCGUUCAUGAAAGCAGAGUGUGAAACAAGUGUUUAUUCAAGUUGUGAUCCUUGUUUGAGUGGCUUCUACCAACCUGUGUGGACCAAGGAAGAUCACUGCAGGAAACACUCAGCUUGUGAUUCUACAGGAGACUUUGAAGUCAUGAAAGCUGGUGACCAGUUAAAGGACAUUGAGUGUCUGUGUAAACAUGGAAUGCACUGUCCUAAUAAAGACUGCGAGGUCUGUGAGCAUGAUAAAAUGUGCCCUCCUGGACAAGGAGUCAAAAGUCCAGGCGAUCGAAAGUACCAGGCAACAAUUUGCGAGGAUUGCGAAUUGGGAUUCUAUUCAAACGUGACAUCUUUAACUGAGUCUUGCAGGAAAUGGCUGGACUGCGCACCACUUGGACUAAGAAAAGUGAAACUUGGUACCUCACAGAGUGAUGUUGAGUGCGGUGUCCCAUUACAGAAUAAUGAUCCUUACAAAGCUGCAGUUAUCUGUUUGGCCCUGCUUCUUAUCCUCAUCAUAGUUUUAUUUAUCUGCAGCAGGAUGGGUUAUCUGGACCAAGCCUGGAACUUACUUCAAAGACAGAUAAACAGACGGAGAGCACCGAAGGAGAAGCACCCUGAGCGGGUAGCCCAGGAAACUCAACUGGUGGGGACUCCGGAGAUGGAGCAAGGAGGGAGUAACAGCUUGCACACCGGGGUCCAGGAAGAGGGCAAAGAGAGCCAUCCCUCUGAGGAGGAGGGACAGAACCAGCAUGGCAUAACAAGGGUCAGCUACAUUACUGAACAGUGCGUGAAUGGACUGCAGGAAGGGAAUGCCUGAAUUGAGGAAGAACAUUAUUGCGAGUAGGUAGUUGAAGCAAAAUCCACCAGGAUUCGAAGUUUCCCUUGGAAUCUUACAGAAUUUUCUUCGAUACAGAACACUGUUGAACUAUUUUAUUGUGCCAUCAAAACCAUUAUUUUCUACAUUCUUAUACUCUUGAGCUCUAUGCAGUUAGUUCACCAAUGACGUUACUGUCUGGAACAGCACGACAAAGGAUGCCCAUUCUAUGAUCAGUGACCACUGUAUAGGUUGGUCACUCUUAAUGCAGACAGGAUAACAAGCAUUAAUUGUUUAUGUCUAAAGUCCUUUGUCUUGUACAUGCAUAACUGGUGAAUCUCGCAUAAAGUGUGCCACAAUGUUUUUCUGAAAUUUGGUAAUGUUGGUGCAGAAGCCUAAUGAUGAUGUUCAGUUGAGGGUUUCAUGAUCAAUGUCUAAUGACCCCCCUGCUGGAAAUAAAGCUGCUGCGGGUGUCGGAGGGAAAUAGGUUUGGGCUCGACAUCGCACAUUGCAGUGACCUCCCAACACUUGUUACCUGGCUCAUACCCAAAACAUGGGCACACUUGUUUGAGAGCUGGCAGGACUUGCCAGUGCAUGUGGAGCCACUCAGGCACAGAGAGGCUGCCAGGGAUCACGGGGUACAAGAGAGGCAGCCAGUGUGGGUCUGCCAGUGCUUGAGGGGCACCAGAGUAGCUACUAGUGUUCAUGAGGCUCCAGAGGGUCAGUGCUAAACGGAGAAAAAAUAAACGAGAAUGAUGACAUGAACAUAAUCCCAACUCGGGUUUCAGGUAACAAUGAAACCAUUCAAACUUCACAAUUGUUCUUCGUAAAAUCACUUGAAGCUUCCUUAUUCGCCCACACCUACCCAAGUACAUAUAGAACAAUUGCACAGCUGAUUGGUUGAUCAUUUCUCAGUGACAACAUCGUUUUUUUGUUCCAUUAUUGGGCAUUUCAUUUUUUGCUGACUAUGAUUAAAAAAAAAAAGAUUCUUGCA